AUGUCCUCGUCAGGAAAAGCCACUGCUGCCUCUUCCUGCCUCUCCUCCCAGUGCUUUGACAUCCUGACCAGGUCCUGCGUCAAGUGCUCCGACUUGUUCAGGGACAACACAACAGAGCCGGCCCAUGCAGCGCCCACCUCCGCCCUGGUGCCCACCCUCCCCUCGAUGGACCUACACAGCACCCUCCUGAUCUUCGGGGUCCCAGCAGCGGUGGGCGUCAUCCUGGCUGUGGCCGCCCUCUGGGGCUUCCUGGCUUGCAAGGUGGGGAAGCAGAGGAGGAAGAGGAAGGCAGCAGACGAGGAGGCCGAAGCAAACAUGGAUGUCACCAGCCCACUGCCCAGCCCGGGCUGCCAGGACCCUGCUGUGCCAGAGCGAGAUGCCACCGUGGCCCUGGUCCCAUGCCCACAUCUCAAUGGGGGCCUGAAGAUGCCAGGACCACCUGGGAAAGCUGGGGCAAAGCAGAGGUCGUGCUGCCAAGGCGAUGCCGAUGGCGACAUCAUCCUACUCUCCACCAUGUACCCCCGGCGUGCAGAGUGCGACCAUGGCUUCCCACUGCCUGCCACUGAGCUGGGGGCCACGGCCCUGGUCACCACCAAAACCACCCAGAACUGUGCUGGAGAGGAGAGAGCCUGA